AGUUUUUGUAACACCUCUUCGAUUCAUAUCCGGAUUCCGAUUUACACCAAACCCUGUCCAUAUAUAUAUAAGCUAUACUAAUAACGAUCACGGAGAUAAACACUCCACAAAUCUGGGCAGCCGCCGCGCCACGAGCACGAGCACGACACGACACGUUAUCCAUCCCGCCGCCGAAGAUCGCCGCACGCCGGAGCGCCGAUCGAUCGGUGGAGAUGGUGCUCGCGCAGCUGGGCGGGAGCAUCUCCCGCGCGCUGGCGCAGAUGAGCAACGCGACGGUGAUCGACGACAAGGCGUUCGCCGACUGCCUCCACGAGAUCGCGCGCGCGCUCCUGCAGUCCGACGUGCAGAUCAGGAUGGUCUCCGACAUGCGCGCCAACAUCCGGAGGGCCGUCAACCUCGACGCCCUCCCCGCCGGCACCAACAAGCGCCGCAUCAUACAGCAGGCCGUCUUCGCGGAGCUCUGCAACAUGCUUGAUCCGGGGAAGCCGUCCUUCACCCCCACCAAGGGGAAGCCCAGUGUGGUCAUGUUCGUCGGCUUGCAAGGUUCUGGGAAAACCACUACCUGUACCAAAUAUGCUCACUAUCAUCAGCUGAAGGGCUUUAAACCUUCAUUGGUUUGUGCUGAUACAUUCAGAGCUGGUGCCUUUGAUCAGUUAAAACAGAAUGCUACAAAGGCCAAGAUUCCUUACUAUGGAAGCUACAUGGAAUCAGACCCAGUGAAAAUUGCUGUUGAGGGUGUGGAGAGGUUCAGGAAGGAGAAGUCUGAUCUCAUCAUUGUUGAUACUAGCGGGCGCCACAAGCAAGAGGCUGCACUCUUCGAAGAAAUGCGUCAAGUUGCAGAAGCAACGAAACCUGACCUUGUGAUAUUCGUGAUGGAUGGUAGCAUUGGUCAGGCAGCGUUUGAUCAGGCGCAAGCAUUUAAACAGAGUGCUUCUGUUGGUGCUGUGAUUGUUACGAAAUUGGAUGGUCAUGCCAAAGGAGGCGGUGCACUUAGCGCGGUUGCAGCUACAAAGAGCCCUGUUGUAUUUAUUGGAACUGGAGAACACAUGCAGGAUUUUGAGGUUUUCGAUGUGAAACCAUUUGUUAGUCGUCUGUUAGGAAUGGGAGACUUGUCUGGCUUAGUGAACAAGAUCAAAGAUGCUAUGCCUGCUGAUCAACAACCUGAGCUUAUGCAGAGACUGAUAGAAGGAACCUUUACUCUCAGAGUAUUCUACGAGCUGUUCCAGAAUCUUCUUAACAUGGGUCCUAUUGGACAGGUUUUAUCUAUGAUACCUGGAUUUAGGUCUGAACUGAUGCCAAAAGGACAUGACAAGGAAAGCCAAGCAAAGAUUAAGCGGUACAUGACUAUUAUGGAUUCUAUGACAAAUGCAGAGCUUGAUAGCACAAACCCAAAGCUGAUGAGUGAAUCACGAAUUAAACGGGUCGCUCGAGGAUCUGGCAGGACCAUGAAAGAUGUGACCGACAUGCUGGAAGAGUACAAGAGAAUCGCCAAGGUGUGUAGCAAGUUGAAGAAGAAGUUGCCCAAGAAUAUGGACAGGAAUGUUAUGAACAACAAGGACACGCUGAACACCAUUAACAAUCUCAUCCCUAAGCAAUUGUUGAAUCAGAUCGGUGGUGUUAAUCCGUUGCAGAGCGUCAUGAAGCAAAUGGGCUUAAAGACAUGAACGAAAUGUUUUGGGAGCAUGUGCUGAUGUUAAUUGAUAUUUGCAAAUAUAUAUGAUGGGCUUGAUGCAAACACUCGGCUAACAUUGAGGGCCUGGUUUUCAGUGGGAUAUCGGCAUUUAAAGUAUUUUUUUUCUUCAUGCUGAAUGGAGGAAGUAGUAAUAUUAAUUUUGCUGAAAUUUAUGUCAAUUCAGUCAAUCAAUAGUUAGCGUACCCUCGUAAGGGGCAUUUAAAGUAUUUUUUUUCCUUCAUGCUGAAUGGAGGAAGUAUUGGGCACAAUGUUUCUCUUAAACUGACAAAGGUCAUCGAUUGGUAUUGAUGCGCAUUUGCGUUCGCGAAA